CACGCAUUUUAUUCCUUACACUGCUUUAUUUUUUUGUGAAAUGCACCUUUGAUGUAGUAUUUUUACUUUGAGCAAGGCAAGAUGGCGUAUAAACUGCAGUCCCGGUUUGAAUAAGAAAUGGACCGAGUGCUAACUGGUUGUAAACUGUCCAAAUCUAACCAGCAGGCGUCACACAACCACUGCUUUUUCACGAUAGGUAGCCUAAAAAAGCGGAGAAAAUCAAAGCGGAAGUGAGGAACUUAGAGGAGCAGGAAAACUUUUUUGGGGGAAUUUGGAGACGGCUGUGUAAUACAUCGCAACUACGUGAUGAAAAGCAAAAAAGUUUAUGCCGAGGUUUAGAGUUUGAAAGACAAGUUUAUCGCCGAGGUACAAUGGGACUCCCCACUUUGGAGUUCAGUGACUCUUUUCUGGACAGUCCGGACUUCAGAGAGCGUAUCAAAUGCCAUGAAAUCGAGCUUGAGCGGACAAACAAAUUUAUCAAAGACCUCAUCAAGGAUGGGACCAUGCUCAUCACUGCGCUCAAGAAUCUUUCUGCUGCUGUCCAGAAGUUCUCCCAGUCCCUGCAGGAGUUCCAGUUUGAGUGCAUAGGUGAUGCAGAGACAGAUGAUGAGGUGAACAUUGCCCAGUCAUUCAAAGAGUUCUCCCAGCUGCUGAAUACUGUUGAAGAAGAAAGGAGACGCCUGAUUCAGAAUGCAGAUGAUGUGCUGAUUACUCCUCUGGAAAAGUUUCGGAAGGAGCAAAUCGGUGCUGCAAAGGAGGGUAAGAAGAAAUUCGAUAAGGAAACAGAAAAAUACUACUCCACGCUCGAGAGACACCUCAACUUGUCAUCCAAAAAGAAGGAAGCGUAUCUGCAGGAGGCUGACACGCAGAUUGAUAAGGAGAGACAACUCUUUUAUGACGCGUCCCUCGAGUAUGUUUUCAAAAUACAAGAAGUGCAAGAAAAGAAGAAGUUUGAGUUUGUUGAGCCGCUCCUGGCUUUUCUUCAGGGCUUGUUUACGUUCUACCAUGAAGGAUAUGAGCUGGCUCAUGAAUUUGAACCAUACAAACAACAGCUUCAGUUCAACCUACAGAAUACACGAAACAACUUUGUGAGCACCAAGCAGGAAGUGGAGAAGCUGAUGAAGAGGAUAAGGUCUGCAGAUCAGGACUAUAAACCCCCAGGCCAGUGGACGAUGGAAGGCUUCCUGUACGUCCAGGAGAAACGUCCUCUGGGAUGCACUUGGACACGUCACUACUGCACGUAUGAGAAAGGCAGCAAGACCUUCGCCAUGAGCAACACUGAAAAUAAGUCGGCUGGGAAACAGAAUGGUCUUGUCGUGAAUCAGCCAGAGGUGUUCAAGCUGAAGUCCUGCAUUCGGAGGAAAACUGACUCCAUCGACAAGCGUUUCUGCUUCGAUAUUGAAGUCGUGGAGAGAAAUGACAUCUGUCGUGGAACUCUUUUCAGACCGCUUCAGUUUUUCUGUAAAGUCCGGCAUGGCGUUAUGACGCUGCAGGCACUGUCAGAGUCCAACAGAAGACUGUGGCUGGAGGCCAUGGAUGGCAAGGAGCCGAUUUACAACCUGCCUGCCAUUUUAAGCAAAAAGGAGGAGACAUUUCUUAAUGAAGCGGGCUUUAACUUUGUAAGGAAAUGCAUUGACCUGGUGGAGAUGAGAGGUAUAAACACAAUGGGUCUGUACAGAAUUGGAGGGGUCAACUCCAAAGUACAGAAGCUGAUGUCCACAGUCUUUUCAUCCAAGGCACCAGUCGAUAUGGACCUGGAUCCAGAGACGUGGGACAACAAGACCAUCACCAGUGGUCUGAAGAAUUACCUCAGAUGUCUCUCUGAGCCUCUAAUGACCUUCAAGCUCCACAAAGAUUUUAUCAUGGCUGCCAAGUCAGAUGACCAGAACUACAGGGUGUGUGCUGUCCACGCUUUGGUUCACAAGCUGCCAGAGAGGAACAAGGAGAUGCUGGAGCUACUAAUAAAACACCUCGUCACAGUUUCCACACAAAGCCAGUUCAACCUGAUGACGGUAUCCAACCUGGGAGUUAUCUUUGGGCCCACGCUGAUGCGGUCACAAGAGGAAACUGUGGCCGCCAUGAUGAACAUUAAGUUCCAGAAUAUCGUGGUGGAAAUACUUAUCGAGAACUUUGUCAAGAUCUUUCACCAGCCUCCGGAUCCCAAUGUGCCUCUACCCCAACCACAGAGCCGGCCUGGCUCUCGCAGGAGUAGGGCCAUCUGUCUGUCUACGGGGCCCAGGAAGCCCCGCAGCCUGUACACCCCAACGCUGUGCCUGGCAGAUGCAGAAAGUCCCUGCAUAGGUGACACUUUUAGCAGCAGUCCAAGCAGCACCCCCAUGGGCAGCAUGGAGUCUUUGUCCUCCCACUCCUCUGAGCAGAACAGCUCCUCCAAAACAGCUUCCUCUGCUCAGGUCAAGGACAAGUCGCUCCUCCACAGAACGCCAUCACAUCUCUCAAAUGGCCCCAGGAGUGCUGUGUUUAUCAGCAGCCCAGAGUCCAGCUCCAAGGAGGACGCAGGACGUACAGAUGGAGAGUCAGAAGAUGCGCUCAGUCUGUCCUCCAUCAGCACUGCACCCAGGCUGUCUCCUGCCCCCCAAAAAGCCCCCCACUGCCGCACUGACCUCAGGCCAGCACUGCUGAACCGCUCAGCUGCUCCCUCUCUGAAAUCACUGCAUAUAUCUGAAGGCCACCGGAGCUGCUCUGGAUCUGUCCAAAGUCUGUCAACACUGGAGCCCAAAGAGAGUUCACAGCCUACUGACAACCCAGACCUUCCGCCAAAACAAGUGAUCCGCCGCAGGAUGGACGCCACAGUCACCAAUGGCUACCAAAGACCAGGCUCAGUGGUCGCUGCCAGAGCACUGCUUUUUGAAACUGCCUCUUCCCCUCAGUCUGUUCCAGUGGGAAGGGAUGCCAAGGCGAUGUAUUCCUGUGAGGCAGAGCACAGCCAUGAGCUCAGCUUCCCCCAGGGGGCGCACUUCUCAAACGUCUACCCGUCUGUUGAGCCAGGCUGGCUGCAAGCCACAUACGAAGGAAGAACAGGUUUAAUCCCUGAGAAUUAUGUCGUCUUCCUCUAACAAACUGGUAAACGUUGCUUCUUUUUUCAUGGUAUCCAUGGGAAAAAAAAUACACAUUGUGGUUCGUUCCAAUUAUUGCUGGUUACUGACAUUUCUGCAUUUUAUGCAAUCUCAGUAGAUAUCAGGCAGCACAGCAAUUACUUUAACAGUGCCAGUAGUUCAAAAUACAAAAAUGUACCUCCUUUUCAGUGAAUUGUAAAAUGUUUGGUGGAAUCUGCAGAGCUUCAGGAAGGAAGUCGGUAUGAUAUUGUUGUUAGUUGUAAAUAUAAUAUACAUCCACUGCACUGAUGUUUUUAAUCCCAGCAUUAGCCUACAGAAUCAUAAGACAAUCAAAUCCCAUUUCACAAGAUUUGCUCUCAGAAGUAUAUUAUCUUUUAACCUCCCAUUAUAUUUACACACUUUGAUGAAGUCGCUUAACAUUUUGUCUUAACUGUAACUGAAAAAAAACUGUGAUUUAAAAUAAGGAGACUAAUCUAUUAGAAUCUAAUAGAAAAAACAUAAUGGGUUUGCACCUUAACUUUCAUGUUUAUGGCCUGUGAUCAUUGUUCAUCCACUGAACCUGCUCACUGCUGCAGUGCACUUUCUGGAUAGCUACACGGUACUGUACUGUACAUUUAUGCUUGUGAGUUCUUCUGUAGAUGCUAAUGAAAAAUAUUUACUUCUUUUAUCUGUUUAUUACCAUAAAUUAUCCCUUCAAAUAUAUGCCAUAUGUAAAAACAUGUUUUUUUACAAUGUCAUGAAUGCUAUGCUCAUGUGGUGGAGCCUUCACCUUUUAAUGUCUGUUGUGGUACUGUAGUCACUGGUACACUGGUGUACUAGUAAUGACAGCUAGACAUGUAUCAGAUUAUAUUAUUUUAUAGAUGCUGUUUAAUAUUCAAUUUUCUAAUACUGUCACAACAUUUCAGAAAUACACAGUCCAUUAUCUAAUUAUCUACUUCAGAAAAAAAGGAUGAAAGGAAGAAAAUGAUCAACAACCCUUUUUGCUCCUCAGUUGUUACAAACUGAAAAAUUACUCAGUUAAAGUACUUAAUAUAAUUACUAAAGUAAGCAUUUCUCUGGUGGCUGAAAAUGUAUCUGGGAGAGCAUUUUUGAUCUUGGACUUGCCAAGAUCAGGAUGUUCUUUUCCAUUUACAUCUUUAAGAAUGCGAGGCGACCUUGAACACUGAUACUGGGAUAAUACUCCCUUCCAGUCUGAAUUUGAAAGAGCAUAUCACAGAAAUGAUAUCCGUAUCCUGAAUAUGUAACUUUUUGCAUCCUUUUUCCUUUUUUGAAAUGGCAAACUUGUCUCCUUGUAAUCAUAUACUGUGCCUUGACUGUGCCUAAAUAUGUCUAUAAAUAAACAGUGUGCUUUAUUA